AUGGCCCAAGCAACUGCAGAUACCAAGGGCCCCGAGCUGGCCACAGACGCUCAUGUAAAAUAUGUCCUCACGUUGGAUACCAAAACCGAUGAGCUGGACUACUGGAUGACAGAGCACUUGCGGCUGAACGGCGCAUACUGGGGCCUGUGUGCACUCCAUUUUCUCAGCCAUCCUGAAGCUCUUCCGCGCAAGGAGACUAUUGACUUUGUGCUAUCUUGCCAGCACGAGAAUGGCGGCUUUGGAGCUGCCCCCGGUCAUGAUGCGCAUAUCCUCUCUACUGUGAGUGCAGUACAGAUUCUCGCCAUGGUUGACGGCUUCGAUGAGCUGGACGCUCGAGGAAAGGGAAAGGCCGUCGUUGGCAAGUACAUAGCGGAUCUUCAGAAUUCUGAGAGUGGAAGUUUCUACGGUGAUGAGUGGGGGGAAGAGGACACAAGAUUUCUUUACGGAGCUCUCAACGCCCUGUCCCUCCUCGGUCUCUUGUCGCUGGUCGACGUUGACAAAGCAGUAUCACACGUCGUAUCCUGUGCAAACUUCGACGGUGGCUAUGGAGCGAAGCCCGGCGCAGAGUCCCACUCUGCCCAGAUCUUUACUUGCGUCGCUGCUCUCGCCAUCGCAGGGCGCCUCGAUCUCGUGGACCAGGAGAAACUCAGCCGCUGGCUAAGCGAGAGGCAGCUUCCUGGCGGCGGACUCAACGGCCGACCUGAGAAGAAGGAAGAUGUUUGCUAUAGCUGGUGGGUCUUGAGCAGCCUUCAGAUCAUCGAUCGCGUGCACUGGAUCGACCGCCAGGCGUUGAUCGACUUCAUCCUGGGCUGCCAGGAUCCCGAAAACGGUGGCUUCUCCGACAGACCUGGUGAUAUGGUGGACGUCUGGCACACAUGCUUUGGCACCGCAGGGCUGAGUUUACUUGGAUAUCCUGGCAUGGAGCCUGUGGAUCCGAGAUAUUGUAUGCCCAAGAAGAUUGUUGCGAGAAUUCUAGGGGAGUGA